AUGAUAAGUUGGCACGAUCUUUAUGUGGUAUUAACUGCUGUGAUUCCCCUCUAUGUGGCCAUGAUCUUGGCCUACGGCUCCGUUCGGUGGUGGAAAAUUUUCACCCCUGAUCAAUGUUCUGGUAUCAAUCGAUUUGUUGCAAUUUUCGCAGUUCCACUUUUGUCUUUUCACUUCAUUUCAACCAAUAAUCCCUAUGCCAUGAAUUUUCGAUUCAUAGCUGCUGAUACACUUCAAAAGAUUAUUAUGCUUGUGGUUCUUGGUUUGUGGGCUAAUUUGACCAAUAAAGGCAGCCUUGAAUGGUCUAUUACUCUUUUUUCACUUUCUACACUGCCAAAUACACUUGUAAUGGGCAUUCCUUUGUUGAUUGCUAUGUAUGGGGAAUAUUCCGGCAGUCUUAUGGUGCAAGUGGUGGUGCUGCAAUGCAUAAUUUGGUACACUCUCUUGCUGUUUUUGUUCGAAUAUCGCGGGGCGAAAAUGCUUAUUAUGGAGCAAUUCCCUGAAACUGCAGCCUCAAUUGUGUCUUUUAAGGUUGGAUCCGACGUUGUUUCAUUAGAUGGACAGGAUUUUCUUGAGACGGAUGCUGAGAUUGGAAAUGAUGGCAAACUUCAUGUUACUGUGAGGAAAUCGAAUGCCUCAAGAAGAUCACUUGGAUCCGGUUCAUUCUCCGGGAUAACUCCCCGGCCGUCGAAUCUAACCGGAGCUGAAAUUUACAGUAUGAGUUCAUCAAGAAAUCCAACUCCAAGAGGGUCUAAUUUUAACCAUUCAGAUUUGUACUCAAUGAUGGGAUUUCCAGGUAGAUUAUCAAACUUUGGCCAAUCAGAUACAGGUAGAUUAUCAAAUUUCAACAUAGCAGAUAUGUAUUCCGUGCAAUCCUCCAGAGGCCCAACUCCAAGGCCAUCAAAUUUUGAAGAAAAUUGUGCCCCUGGUGGCCUGAUGAGUUCUCCAAGAUUCGGGUUCUAUCCAUCACAACCCGUUAACACUUCUUACCCGGCCCCGAACCCGGAAAUUUCUUCAGCUGUCCCGAAAACCGGUAAAGAUCAGGUGCAGCAAGUGCAGCCGCAACAACACAACCAGCAGGGGAAUAAGGCCAAUCAUGAUGCAAAGGAGCUUCACAUGUUUGUGUGGAGUUCAAGUGCAUCACCAGUUUCUGAAGCUGGUGGGCUCCACGUUUUCGGUGGGCAAGUGCCUGACCAUGGUGCCAAGGAAAUCAGGAUGUUGGUUUCUGAUCAUCAACCUCAAAAUGGGGAAACCAAAGUCAUUCCGCAAGCUGGGGACAUAGACGACUUUAGCUUUGGUGGAAGAGAUAAUGGAUUUGAAGAGAAAGAGAAAGAGGUUCCCAUAGAACUAUCAAAACUGGGGUCCAGCUCCACCGCCGAGCUCCACCCAAAGGCUGCUGGAGUUCAAGAUCCCGGCGUCGUAAAACAGAUGCCGCCGGCGAGCGUGAUGACACGACUGAUCUUGAUCAUGGUUUGGCGCAAGCUUAUCCGAAAUCCCAACACCUACUCUAGUCUCAUUGGCCUCAUUUGGUCUCUAGUUUCAUUCAGGUGGGAUGUGCAUAUGCCUAAAAUUAUUGAGAAGUCAAUCUCUAUACUUUCUGAUGCUGGCCUUGGAAUGGCCAUGUUUAGCUUGGGUCUGUUCAUGGCCCUUCAACCGAAGAUAAUCGCAUGUGGGAACACUGUGGCUUCCUUCGCCAUGGCUGUAAGGUUCCUCACCGGCCCAGCAGUAAUGGCCGCGGCUUCCAUUGCUGUUGGUCUUCGUGGUACACUUCUCCAUGUUGCCAUCGUGCAGGCUGCACUUCCACAAGGGAUCGUUCCAUUUGUGUUUGCAAAAGAGUACAAUGUCCAUCCAGCAAUUCUAAGCACUGCGGUCAUAUUCGGGAUGUUGAUCGCACUGCCGAUUACACUCGUCUAUUACAUUGUUCUUGGAUUAUAA